UUUUAAAGGAAAUUACUUUCGUACUUUUGUAUAAGUCAGCAAAGCAUAUCUGCAUGGUCAGGUGUUUCUGACAAUUUUCUUUUUUUUCUUUUGUGAUUUACAAAGUCUUUCACGGCUCAACAAAAUGUUCAAGCGUCACACUGUUGCCUCACCCUCUAGUCACUUCUUUUCAGUCAUUCUAUUUAUCCUCCACGCUUUCAUCCUUUCUUGCCCCAGAGUCUUCUCAGCAAAUGUGUACGAAGAGGCUGAAAAAAUGUUGACCAUUGGGAUUUUUUUCCUUCUUUGUCCAAUGAAUCUUGUUGAAAUGCAAAAUGGCUCACAACGAGAUGGUGGUCUACUACUUGUUAAGGAGGGAGAUAAUAUUACCAUUGCUUGCCAUUACCAGAGUGAAAUGGCCAUGCACUUCUCCUGGUACAGGCACAAAUUUGGUCAGAAGCCUGAGCUCAUCUCCACUAUAUACAAAUACGAUGUGAAGGCCACAUUCUAUGGUGAAUUCUGGAACGCUCGGUUUGACAUGAUGAAUGGGAAGGGUAUAACUCAUAUGGUGAUCACACACUUACGGCUCUCUGACUCUGGCACAUAUUACUGUGGAAGUGCUCAUUCCAAUAUAGUGGAGUUUGGGGAAGGAACACAGCUGGUAGUAAGAGCUUCACAGUUGCAUAGCCUGUCUGUACACCAGCAACCCACAUUACAGCCAGUACACCCAGGAGACUCUGUGACUCUGGAGUGUACAGUGCUCAGUGAGAGCAGUUCAAGACAACACAGUGUGUACUGGCUCAGACAUGGAUCAGGAGAAUCCCAUCCAGGAAUCAUUUACACUCAUGGAAACAGGAGUGAUGAGUGUGAGAAAAGCUCUGAGACUGAUUCUCCUACACAGAGCUGUGUCUACAAACUCCCCAAGAGAAACCUCAGCCUCUCUGAUGCUGGAACUUACUACUGUGCUGUUGCCAUGUGUGGAGAGAUCAUCUUUGGGAAUGGAACAAUGCUGAAAAUAAACAAUAAUGGUGUGGAUUGCUCCGAACAGAUGCACAUCUUGGUUCUUCUUUCUAUCAUACGAACUGCAGUUCUCUUUUUCAGUGUUGGUGUGAUCAUCAUAUACCAUUGUGCAGGUCAAAGAGCAAAUACAAUGAGAUCUGAUUCACUAUUACUGUCUAGAGAGUCUACCAAGAAAAACACGUUGCCUUACUGUAAAAAGAGUAGCUGCUAAACUCCAGCAUUGAUUAAAACUAAUGUAAAUAUCUUUUGGUCCGUGUUACUGUACUGUAACCUUUUGUAUGUUUAAGUCAAUGUAAAAAUGUCAAUGUAAAAAUGUUA